GGCAGGAGGAAGAUUCCACAUGGCUUCCAACUAGGCAGGAUUUGAAGUGUGUUUGAGGACUGAUCGCUAACAGCUUGACUGAAAGAAAAACCAGAGCGUUACAUGAGUGGUUAGUUGUGAUUGACAUGGGUAAAAGUAAAACCACUAAGUUUAAACGCCCGCAGUUUAACGUGGCCGGUCUGCCGGUGAAUGCCGCGAAGGAAGCGGGUGCUGAAGAGGAAGACCACGAAGAUGAUGGUCCUGCCGCGGAGUUGCUGGAAAAGUUGCAGAGUCCCAGCGCAGACGUGCGAGAGUUUGCAUGUGCCAGCAUUUCUCGGGUGGUGCAGCAGAGCCAGACCAUUCCUGGUUUCCUACAGAGGGAUGCUGUCAGGCGCCUGGGUCCCAUGCUACUGGACAGCAGUCUGGCUGUCAGAGAGACUGCCACUGGAGCACUCAGGAAUCUGAGUGCGUGUGGAGGUCAGGAGGUGUGUGAGGACAUGGUGAAGCAUGACGUCAUGACUCCUCUGACAGCACUGCUUAGGGAGUGUUGCGCUGGGUUUGACAGUGCUGUUGUGGCAGUGAAAGACCAGAACAAUGCUGUAGAGGAUGUGGCCACUGAGGCUGUGAACCUACUGUGGAAUCUAUGUGAGAGCAGCAGCCAGGCGCUGUCUGUGUUCAACAAAUCAGGGCUCUUGGAUAUGGUCGUCCAGUGUCUGGAGAGACACCCCCACAACACCGAACUGGCCAUAUCUGCAGCCCACUGUUUGCACACUGUGACUGAGGAUAACCCAGAGCUGCUAUGUAGCAUUAAUGCUGCUGUGCUUGGCACCCUGGAGAAUGUGCUGCUGUCAUCUCAGCCAGGCAUGGCGCACACCCUCCUUAGGACAUUAGCUGCAGGUGCACUGUGGAACAUGAAGGGUAGUCUACCUGCCGCCCGUCAGGCUCAGGCCCUCAACGCUGUGGUGGCCACUUUGUCAAAGUGCCUGGAUUUUGAUGCAGGUGUGUUAAUCCCCGAACUCAGGCGAGCGGAGGAGGUUCGUUAUAGAAGUGCAGCGCCUGCGACUAAAGUAGAGGGCCAGGCAGCAGAAGAGCUCGCUGAAGAGAUGGAUGAAGAGGAGGCACCUAAAAUGAGAAAGAAUGGAAAAUCUGCCAAGGUUGAUAAUGACUUUUCCGACUUCCUUCCUAGGGACAAGGAGGAGCUGAGGGAGGCAACGGCCUUGCUGACAGCCCAGCAAACGUCCUUAGAGAUCAUUGUCAACAUGUGCUGCUCUGACGACCCUUCUGAUGACGAGUGGGAGGAAGAAUCAAGCAGUGAUGAAAGCGACAUGGGUCCUGACGGCCUUUGUGAUGGAGUGUCCAAUCUGAUGUCUCCACUGUGCUUGUCAGCUGAAAUUCAAGGGGCCUUGAUCAACCACAACAUACCAGAAAAGGUUUUGAAAAAGACUGGAUUCCCCAGACAGGAAGCCAUAGAUGUGUGUCAUCAAAAUUCUUCUUGGAGAGGCAUGACAAAGAGGAUGCAUCGUAUUCAGUCCCGUGCACUAACCUGCCUCCAUAGCAUCCUCUCCACCAUGGAUGCAGAAUCUCUGGGUGGUGCAGCAGCCCUGCAAGAAGCAGCACAGCACCUGUCCUCCCUGGUCUUCGGUGCUGCAGAGAUACCCAAAGAUGAAGAAUUCCUAGAGGCCGUCAUUAGUGCCAUGAGGUCUCUUCUGCAGAUGAUUGCCUCCAAAAACAUCCCCCAGUGUAUGACCCCCCAGCAGCUCAUGAGCCUGAGCGAAGCAGCCACCUGCUGUGAGGUCGUCAGCGUGAGGGUCAAUGCUGUCGCCAUUCUGGGCAUCACUGGAAGCACAUUAGCCAAAGAGAAGGGCACAGCUGAGACUCUUCAGAUGAUUGGAAAUGCCUUACUUCACGUUGCCACAAAGGAUGCCAACCUAGUUGUAAACGGAGAAGCCCUGGACGCUUUGUUUGACGUUUUUGCGGAUGGGGAGGAGGCAGAGACGGCUGCUAAAAACAUCAAUCUCCUUCCUACACUUAAGGCACUUCAGCCAGUCUUCAAAGCCAAGAUUCGUAAAGAAGGAAGAGGUAAAUACAGCGCUCAGCAGUUGUGUGUGCUGGACAACAUCAAAAUCAACCUGAGAAGAUUUGUUGGUUAUCUGGAGAAGGUGGUGAAAAAAUAAGGACUUUAUUGUUUGAGUGUGUUUGGAAACAUACGGCAACAAUAUGAGACAGUGUGGUUGUGAAACCAAUUAUUUAUGUUUAUAUCCUUUUAAAAAAAAUGUUUUAUUUUCUUGAGUGGUUAAAAUUAUUAUAUUUUCUUUUUUUUUUUUUUUUGGAAAGAGAGAGAACAGGAUCCCUAAUGAUUAGCUAAUGCAUGUUUCCGUUAUAGUCUCUCGUAGAUACUGUGUGGAGCCGACACCAGCUUUUUACACUUGUACCUUUCGUGUUGUCCCAUGUUUCAAUGGGCUUAACAUUUAUGAAGACCACUGAUGGCUACUUACUGAGGAAAAAGUAAGUAGCUGUCUGUACUCAAAUAUACAGCAACAUGAUCGGUACUGUACAUCUCAGUGAUCAGUUUUCUAAGAAAGAAUUUGAGUUACCUUAAAGAAAACCAAUGUCUUGACUAUUUUGUUUCAAAUAAAUCCUUA